AUGGUUUAUAGCUGUGCUUAUAUUCCAUAUAUAACUUGUUCAGGAAAUCAUGAAAAUGCUUAUAAGUUUUCUCAAUAUGUCACAAAAUUUAGUAUGACAUCGUCACAUAUAAUACAUAUGGUAGUGAUGCUAAUCAUUUUUACAGAUUCGUCUUGGUCUUCUAUUUAUUCAAAUAUAUGUCAAACUGUUUAUAAUGGUACAUUUGAUGCUUAUAUCGAUCCGGAUGCUUCAGUACAUAUUAUAAUUGGAUCAGCGGGUUGUAAUGAACAUCAUGAUCCAUUUGGUAUUCCUUGGCAAUGGACAAAACAAGUAUCUCAUGAUCAGGGUGGAAAAGUAAUUGAUAGUAUGCGGUUAAUUAAAUCUAAACAUGGUCCAUAUUCAUAUCUUUUUUUAAAAUUUUAA